CCCUCUGCAAAAACCUACCUCUGAGUUUGGCGGUGGCAACUAAACGCAGAGGACAGAAAAAGAAAAACCCUAGAGUGAUCGGAUCGACGCCAUGGGAACGCCGGAAACUUCUAGGGAACCUUGCCCCGAUCGCAUCCUCGACGAUAUCGGCGGCGCCUUCGGUAUGGGAGCCGUCGGUGGCUCAGCUUUUCACUUUAUCAAAGGUCUGUACAACUCUCCCAAGGGAUCCAGGAUUAUCGGCGGCUCGCAAGCCGUCCGGAUGAAUGCGCCGCGCGUCGGCGGAAGUUUCGCCGUUUGGGGCGGCUUAUUCUCUGCUUUCGAUUGCACCAUGGUCUACGUCCGCCAGAAGGAGGAUCCAUGGAACUCGAUUAUCGCCGGCGCAGCUACUGGCGGGUUUCUCCAGAUGCGUCAGGGUCCUGCAUCGGCAGCUCGCUCGGCUCUGUUCGGAGGCGUUUUAUUGGCUUUGAUUGAAGGAGCUGGGAUUAUGCUCAACAAAGUUCUUAGCCAGCAACAGAAUAUGCCUGUUGUAAUUGAGGAGCCUGCUGGUAUGGGCGGUGUGCCUGGGUAUCCUACGGGUCAAUUGCCAGGACGAGGUCCUCCCCUGUCUCUACCACAAACAGAGUUGGCAAAUAUUUCUUCUUCUUCUUCUUCUUCUUCUUCUUCUUCGUCUUCUUCAGAUUCUCGUAAUGGUUCGUGGUUCGGUGGUUGGGUUGGUGGAGGCAAGAAGAAGGAAUCUGAAGUGUCGAGUGGAGGAAGCGAGACUACGAUUUUGGAGAGCUUCGAUGCACCGCCUGUGCCAAAUUUUGAGUACAAAUAAGUUUUUUUUUUUUUCGGUUUUAAGGCUUGUUAUAAGCUGCUGGCAUUUUGAGAUAAAAGGACAGUGGAUUCAAUCUUAGAAUGUAUGGCCUGUGUUAUAGGUUAGUUCUUAUUCAAUGAUUAUCGUGCAAUCGACUGACAUUGUUCCAAAGUAAUCAAAUUAUCAUUCAGAUUAUACUGAA